AUGUUGACGGAGGAUAGAGGCGCAAGCGGCUUCCCAGUCGGCAUGGAUGCUGGCGAAGAAACGGCCGAGGCUCGCGCCAAGGUGCGCCAUCUCAUGGCUCAGGCGCCAAACACUCGUCCACCCGAAUUCGUCAAUCCGUUGGAGAAGAUCGAACAGCUGCUCACCUGCCCCAUAUGUCUUGAUCGUUACAAGCAACCAAAGCUUCUCCCUUGUCAGCACACCUUCUGCUAUCCGUGCCUGGAGUCGUGUGCCGAUUCCCUGCACCGAACACUCAAGUGCCCGGAAUGUCGGGCUGAGCACUCGAUUCCGUACGAAGGAGUGAAAGCCUUUCAGUCAAACUACACUCUGACUGGUUUUCUCGAGAUUCACCUGCAAGCCACACCGGACUCGGCUGCUGAAAUCGAGGAGUAUAUUCGUAGGUACAACCUCGAACGAUGCAAAGUUUGCGACGAGAAGGCCGAUUGCGAGCUUUGCGCGCAUUGCGAACGAAAAGCCUGCAAAGAAUGUCGUCAGACUCACAUGGACAUGUUGAAGAGGGAUUUGGGAAGGCUGCUCAAUCAGGUGCGUCGGCUGUCAAAUCGAAUCAUCGAGGCAUCUGACGGGCUUUCAAAGGGUUUGGAACUGCUCUCGCUCAACUGCGAGACGACCAAGGACGAGGUUAAAGAGUACUUCCACAGACAUCAACGCGAUCUGAAGAAACGCGAAGAUGCGUUCCUUAGCGAGAUCGACACAUUUCACGCAACCGAGAGUCGUUUGAUGAGCAAUCUUCGUGAUGUGCUCGAGAUCGAAUCGUCCAACAUGAGUGAGGCGGUCGCUCGGCUUGACGCUGUCAUCAAGGGCGAAUGCACACUGGAAGAUGCUGAGUUGGUUCGAUUGAAAACAACAUUUGCUGAAGGACUGGAGUACCUUCGAAAUUUCCAGCCCGAUGCAGAUGAGCUGUUCAAUCGGAAACUGCGCUUUUCCGCUGGAGAGGAUGCUGCCAGGCUGCCACAGGCGAUCACCACCUGUGGAGAGCUGUGCGUGCUCGUGCCACAGUUUGCUGGC